UCAUCUUAUUUUACUCUUCUGCAAAACGUACUGGAGGAAGCUGACAUAAUGGGUAAACCAGGGCAUUUGUUUAAUAUGGAUGAGACGGGACUCCAACUAAAUAACAAACCAGGAUACGUUAUUGCAAAGAAAGGUUCAAAGAAUGUAGCAGCCAUUACGUCUUCGGAAAAAGGUGAAACUAUAACUAUUAUUUCCUGCUGUAAUGCUGAGGGUUUUUUUCUCCCACCGGCAUGUAUUUUCAAGGGCCAAAAUAAAAAAAAAAGAAUUUGAAGAUGGUAUGCCACCGGGUUCUGUUGUGUAUAUGAAUAAGAAGUCGGCUUACAUUAGCACUGAAUUAAUGUUUACUUGGCUAAAGAACCAUUUUGUUCCAAGGAAGCCUGAAGGAAAAGUUAUUUUAAUGUUAGAUGGUCAUGCUAGCCAUUGCAAUUCGCCUGAAAUGCUUGAAUACGCCGAAGAACAUCAGGUAUUAUUGUUUUGCCUUCCUAGCCACACCACCCAAUUUCUGCAACCACUCGAUAGAAGUUUUUUUAAAAGUCUUAAGGCUUACUUUAAUUCUGCGUGUAACAGAUAUGUGCGAGCAAACCCAACGAGAAAAAUAUCAAGGCUUAAUUUUGGAGAAUUACUGGCCGAUGCUUGGUCUAAAUCAGCCACAAUAGAAAACGCUGUCUCUGCUUUUAAAUCCACAGGCAUUUGUCCGUUUAACCCCGAGGCAAUACCUAAUUAUGCUUAUUUAAAUGACAACGAGAACGACCAUCUGGAAAAACGCAACAUUGAUAAUCUCAGCGAGACUCCUGAGCAUUUGGAAAAUCCAGGACCAUCAUCACAAGAAACUAGGACCAAUGUCACUACGGUCAAUAAUGGAAAUCAACCCAUUGCUGCCAAAGAUAGUUCUUCAGAUGGCGAUACACCUGGGACGAUGUUGGCUAAAAUGCACCCUGUUCCUAGCACUUCCUCCAUUUCUGUGAAUAAUGUCAGAAAACGUGGAAGACAAGUUGGAACUGUUCUAACGUCUCCUGAACAUAUUGAGAAAAAAAAGUCGGCUCAGUUAAAUAAGGAAGCAAAAGAAAGGAGGCAAACAUUCAAAAAAAAAGUUACAAAGAAAAAUGUAGAAAGGAAAUCACAGAAAAUGAAAUCAAGAGAAACGAAAUAUUCCUCAACAGAUGAAGAUACCGACUUUGAGCUUCAAGAAUCCGGCGAUAGCCCUUUAGAAGAGGAAGAUGUAGAAUGUGUAGGUUGCGGUGAACCCUACAAAACAACAGUGAAAAAAGAUGACUGGAUUCAAUGUGUAUAUUGCAAAAAUUGGUGUCACGAAACUUGCUCAAACUUUGUGAAUAUAUGUAACCCCUGUGGUAAGGUUUUAAGCAAGAAAAAAAAUGAAUAAGGGACAUUUAUCACUGAGCCAUCAAUCCCAUACCCACUGAGCCAUCUAACCCUUA